AUGAACUUAGUUUUAAUACUAAUAGGUUUAGUAACCGGCAGAGGUACCCUAUUUGUUGGAUUGCUUGGAUUUUUAAACCCCUCUAAUAGAACAUUCGAUGGGACUUGUUGUGGCGAAGAAAACUCUACCGUCUGCUACACUGACUGUCGUCUGCUCUUUGACAUCACCGUCAUCGGCCUCGGACAGAAUGAAACAAAGAGUCCUUUAGACACGCCCGUCUCUGGAUCUAAGGUUAUUUCGAUACCACCCUCUAACGAAAUGAAGAAUCCUCUAUCAUUCUCUUUCCAAAAGUGGCCCGGGGAAGUAACAAUACUUGUCAGUAUUUAUGACUUGGAAAGGAAAGACAAAAGUUUGGUGGACAUAUUUAACUUCACAUUUAAAUAUGGAAAACCAGAACUGAAUUACAAGAAUGAGACUAUAUAUGGAAUGAGACCACAAAACGAAACAGUAUUACGAUUAAUACUGCGGUACAACUGUGACAUAUUCUACUUUGAAAAAGAAGACUGCAGUCGAUUCUGUCUUCUUGACAAUUUUCCCUGCUUAAAUAGUCUAACAGGAUCUACCAACCCUGUGACAGAUUGGGUGUAUUCACUCUCUACCGCCAAGCCAAGUAGGGAAAGACUGUGUCCAACGAUUCACCCUGUUUCAGGGAUAACACAGCUAUCAUAUAUAAACGAAAAUACAGAAAACUGCACAAAUGAUUUAAACGAAAAAUCCACAUUGAACACUGGGGACACUACAUCUACAACGAAAGAUCCUGUUACUUCUCCAACAAAAGAUCCUGUUACAUUUACAACGAAAAAUCCUGUAACUUCUACAAAAGAUCCUGUUACUUCUACAACGAAAGAUUCUGUGACAAUUUCUGAUAUGAAAACAUCAACGGAAGUAAAUCUAUUCACCACUACUCCAAAAACAAUAAAAUUGCUGUCUACAGAAAUAAAUACAGAUGAAGUAACCGUAUCUUCUACAGAAAGUUUAUUUAUUUCAUCAAGUACAAGUCCAUGGACGUCACAGGUGGAGACAACCACCGAACCUAUGGUUUCCUCCUCAUUAAAAACAAAAGCACAAAUAAGUCUUACACCAAGUCGAAAGACCACAAAAAAUAAUCCGCCAACAAAUAGAGUAGCGAUCAUAACCACGUCAAUAAAACCAACUACCUUGAAAUCAUCAACUCAACAGAAUACAAAAACUAGUCUGAAAAACACCGAAAAGCAUCCUCCAACAAAAGUAAAAGUGGAUAUAUCAACAACAGGGCCAUCGUUAUCUUUGUCAACAAAUGUCUUCUCUAAACAAGCAACUUAUCAAGUAUCACCGAAUAUUCCAGAUGGCGGUCCGAAAACCAUUGAUGAUGACGUCAUGCAUUACUGGCCGGCCAUUGUUGGGGGCGUGUUGGGGAUCAUUGCUGUAAUAGCAGUGCUGGGGGUCUUUGUAUACGUAAGGAAAUUAAGAGCUCAACAAAAAAAGAGACAAGAUAUAUAUAACGUCAAUCCACAAACAUGGAUAUUAGAGACCAAUGAAAAUGGAACUUCCGGUAUGUCCGAAAUAGCUCUAGAAACGGAGGAAGUAUGACGUCAUCAGGAACUAUGUGCAAACUUUACCAUAAAUUCUCCGGCAAUAAUUUGAAAUGAAAAGAACGUUUUUUUUGAUUGUUGGUGAAAGUACUAGCGUGUAGGAGGGUUUUCCACUUCUUAGGGUGUGUAUCCAACUUGAUACACCGAGUUCAAGGAAGAACAUUUGUGUUCUAUAGUGUGAAUUUGCGUUCGUUAAUCCCUUUAUUGGGUAGAUUAGUCAUUUUAUAACGGGUAUUUCUUUACCAAUUUAUCAUGACAUCUUCACUAAAUUCAUUUCUAGCUAGAAAAGACUUGUAUUUCCUUAUUUCUGAAAUCAAACCCAUAUUUAAGUACAAAAAUGAGGAUCAUAUUUGGAAAAAAGGAUUAACGGUUAUUUUCAUUCCUGAAAUUUACGGCCAGGGUAUUUUCGUUUUAAACAAGUAGAGGAAAUGUUAAUUGUUUUUUAAUCGCUG